AUGACCAUCGCUGUUGCUGCACUGACCAUCGCUCUUCUUCUCCGUGCCCUAAUCACUGAUGACUGUCGCUGUUCUGACCAUCGCUAUUGCUGCGCCAUCGUCACCAUCGUCAUCUCCGUGCUUCUCAUCAUCGUCUUCUCUAUGCUCACAUCGUUGAAUAUUAUGCUUGGUGCUGAAGGAGUGGAAACAGCUCUGAAAUUAGCAAGAAAGUGGGGUUAUGAAAAGAAAAGAAUUCCCAAAGAUGAGGCUAUUAUUGUGUCAUGUUGUGGCUGCUUCCAUGGCCGUACACUAGCUAUUAUAUCUAUGAGUUGUGACAAUGAAGCUACCCGGGGUUUUGGUCCUUUAUUGCCUGGCCAUCUUAGAGUUGAUUUUGGUGAUGCAGAAGCCCUUGAAAGAAUUUUUAAAGAAAAAGGAGAACACAUAGCUGGCUUUCUUUUGGAACCCAUCCAGGGUGAAGCUGGGGUAAUCAUUCCUCCGGAUGGCUAUUUGAAAGCUGUUAGAGAUCUUUGCACCAGAUAUAAUGUGCUGAUGAUUGCAGACGAAAUACAAACUGGAUUGGCAAGAACAGGGAAGAUGCUGGCUUGUGACUGGGAAGAAGUUCGCCCAGAUGUUGUGAUACUAGGGAAAGCAUUGGGUGGAGGAGUUUUUCCUAUGAGUGCAGUUCUUGCAGACAAGGAUGUAAUGCUUUGUAUAAAACCAGGAGAGCAUGGAAGUGCUGAACUUCUUAAAUCCUAUGAUUAUAAAUUUUACCUAAAGGAGCUAAAGCUACUAUCUCUCUAUGGUUCAGUUGCAUUUGAUGAAGAUUUUGAAGCUCAACUAGCUGACAACAAUGACGCAAGACUGGAAGUGUCUCUAUUGGCGAGGAGCCCUGACCAAGAGCUGACUGAAGUUAGUAACUCAAUAGUUGAACAAGUUGGCUUAUAG